AUGACUCAUGCGGCGCUUCCAGCUCGUCACGAACGGCGCAAAGACCUUGAAGCUGUGAAGGACGCACGCGGAGUGGCGUUUUUGGAUAUGAACGAGGAUGGUACGCUGGAUACUGUUGCAAAGCGAACUGGUGAAUGGACUCAGCAAGGCACUGUCUCGUUCGUUCAGAACAACCUUUACUACGGUGCAUUCUUUUGGAAUGCCAUGUUGCUGAAUGGGGCAUGUAAUAAUGAAAGGUGUAGUACGGAGUCGAAAGGUUCGACAUACUCUAUGAAUGUUUCCCUGAUCUCAUUGGUGACUUCACUGGCGUAG